ACACUGCUCAUCAUUCGUAAAUAUUUUGAUUUUUAAGCGUUCCCCGUUCCCCGUUCCCCUGUAAUAAUAGAAGAUAAGGAAAAGUAGACAAAUUUUUCACUUGUGAAAAUUUAGGGAAAACAAAAAAGUUACAUUUUCAAUUAUAAUAAAAACGAAAAUUACAAUAAUUUACGUUGUUUUUCUGAAAUUAGCACCCAGCUGCCUUGUUUUGCUGGUGUUGUGUGAAACGGGCGGGGUCAAAAAGUUAUUAGUGGAUUUGCAAUCGAUUGGUGCAGAACACCGAAUACCACAAAAAUUUUGAAUUAUACACUUUUCUGUUUUGGAAACCCAAUUAGAAAUUUGCAAAAGUGAGUAUAGUUUUCUGUGAGGCAAGUGAUCUAUUCUGCAGUAGAUGGCUACAGGCGGUGGAGGUAGCAUUAGUCGUUCUGGCAGUGGCGUUGCAGGGGCAUGCGGUUCUGCAGGUGCCAAUGCCGUAAAUUUGCAAGCCCUACAAACAUUCCAUCAACGUUGUGGUCGCCGCAUUACACUUUCCAAUGGCAAUCGCACAGCGGCGCGUUCGGUGCGAGAUUUCAGUCACGCGCUUGUAUUUAGCGCGGAACCACUAAUAGACGAUGUGCUCUUUGAAGUGGUGAUCGAAAAAAAGAAUCACUCGUGGGGCGGAAGCAUUGAAAUCGGUGUGACGGCUGAGUCGCCAGAAAAGUUGGAAUUACCUUCUUGCGCUACAGCUAUGCGCAAUGGCACUUGGGUUAUGUCUGGAAUCGAUGUACGCAAAGAUGGCGUUUGUCUGAUCGAAUUCUAUGGAGUUGACUUGGAGACUUUGGGCGAACGCGAUCGCGUAGGCGUGAUGCGCACCUCCCACAAUGAGUUAGUAUUCUACGUAAACGGUGAGCCCCAAGGCGUAGCUGCGCGUAACAUGCCCAAAACUUUGUGGGCGUUAGUUGAUUUGUAUGGGCGUUGUGUGCAGGUAUCGAUCUGCCCCACCGAUGUUGGCGGUGCGGGGGACUACGUCGAAUCUUGUACGCAGCAGGGUCAGCAAAUUGUGCAAAAUAUUGACGUACCUAUGUGCGUCGAUGUGACGGUGGUUUCUUCGGCCUCACCAACAUACAACUCGUGCACCACCGCCAAUAGCGCCGGUGGCCUUAUUUCAACAAUCAGCACAAACGCUGACAUAAACGCCGCUUUGGCCAGUUUGGGCAGUGCAGGCGCUGCAGCUAUUUCCGCGAUCUCACAAACUGGCCUGCAUUCCGCACUACCACUAUCCUCUUCUGCCGCUGCUGUGAUUGCAAAUAGCGCCGGUACGCUGCAAAGUGUUGGCGACUUCUACGAUAUGGAUCGAUUGCGCUUCCAUACACGCUGUGGCUCACUAGUCAAGCUGUCACCGAAUUGCCGUUGCGCUGAACGGCGGCGUCCCUUGGAUGAGUUCAAUAAUGGCGUUGUGAUGACACACCGGCCACUCAAGGAUAAUGAGUUGUUCGAGAUACGCAUCGACAAGUUGGUGGACAAGUGGUCGGGCUCGAUAGAGGUGGGUGUGACAACACAUAACCCGUCAGUGCUGCAUUUCCCAGCCACAAUGACUAACAUGCGUAGCGGCACUAUAAUGAUGUCGGGUUGUGGCAUACUUACCAAUGGCAAGGGGACACGACGCCAAUAUGGCGAAUUCAAUUUAGACGAGCUGCGCGAGGGUGAUCGCGUGGGUAUGAUGCGCAAGUCCAAUGGAAAUCUCCAUUACUACAUCAAUGGGCAAGAUCAGGGCGUAGCAGCAACGCGCGUCGCCCAAACGCUUUGGGGUGUCAUUGAUCUGUAUGGCAUGACCAUAAAGGUGACGAUUGUGGAUCGUGAUGAGCGCGAGCAACAAAAUUUGGUAACGCGUCGUAAUAAUCUCAUACUUACCGCGUCUUCGGGUCUUACCACUGGGGCAACGGCUAUCAACAAUGCUGCGGCUACAAAUGCUCUUAUCACAGCUAACUCGUCCACACCGACACCUGUGUUGAGUUUGUUGAGUCCAGAGGGUGAAGCUAAUUCGGCUGUGGCUGCUGCCACGGCAGUUUUGGGUGACUCAACACUUUCGGCGCCCGCCACGCAGCGCAAUGACGAUCGACUAACAUUCCAUCCGCUUUGCGGAUCACAUGCCACGGUGACGCAUAGUGGACGCACCGCGUUGCGGCCGAACGCGUCCGAUGACUUUAACAAUGGCGUCGUGCUAACUCGCCGCACCUUACGUCCCAAUGAAUUGUUCCAAGUGCGACUUGAGCGCGUAGUCACUAAAUGGGCGGGCUCUGUAGAGAUGGGUGUGACAACGCAUAGCGCUGAGGAGCUUGAUUUUCCUUUUACUAUGACCAACGUGCGCUCAGGCACCUGGAUGAUGACGGGAAAUGGCGUUAUGCACAACGGUAUCACGGUGAUCGAGCAGUAUGGGCAGAACCUUGACCGGCUGCAAGUGGGCGAUCGCGUGGGCGUCGUGCGCAAGGACGAUGGCACGCUACAUUUCUGGGUAAAUGGCUUUGAUCAAGGCCCCGCGGCCACAAAUGUGCCGGAGCGCGUCUAUGGUGUUAUCGAUCUGUACGGCCAGGCGGCGCAGGCUAGCAUAAUAGACACAUCAGAAUGCGGCAGUCCCGAUACGGGAAAUUCCACCAUCUCCAAUACUACGUUGUACAGUGAGCCGCCGCUGCGCUUCCAUAACAUACAUGGCAAAAAUGCUGGUAUCUCCAACGGCGGUCUCACCGCCUCACGUCCAAACUCGCUAGCCGAAUUCAAUGAUGCCAUAGUAUUUAGCAAUCGGCCACUUCGUCAACGCGAACUGUUCGAGGUAGUGCUCGAAUCAAUGGUGCGGCACUGGUCGGGCAACAUAGAGAUCGGUGUGACUGGCACACGUCCCGAAGACAUACAACUCGCCGCCAACGCCACCGAUCUGGACGCCAAUGAUAUGAUCAUACUCUGUGGAUCUAUGAUAUUCCACAAUCGUAAAACCAUACGCUCGAAUGUGCUGAUUGAUUUGGAUAGCUUGGGCGCGGGUACGCGAGUUGGUGUGAUGCGUAAUGGCGAUUAUGUGCACUUCUUCAUAGAUGGAGUCGAUCAGGGACCUGCUUGCGAGUGUCGCAUGCCAAAUGUGUGGGCAGUGAUUGAUUUGUAUGGACAGUGCGCGCAAGUGACGCUUACCCAAGCGCAGCCAGAUAUACGUGCGCCUUAUGCGACGAGCGAGAAUUCGCAAAGUUGUCAAGCAACUUCGGUUAUACAGCCAGCAACGUCAGAGAUGAAACAUCGUUGGACCUGCAUAUCUGGCAAUGUAACAUUGUCACAAAGUUGGACGGUUGCAUCACGCAUUACGGGCACAUCAGCGGCACUCUCACGCUGCGUCGUGUUCUCCGAGCAUCCACUGAGCGUUGGCGCCCCAUUUGAAAUCAAACUAAUCUCGCACAAUUCACUAUUUGCAGGCUGCCUCAAUAUUGGCGUUACUGAUUUAAAUCUCUCCGAUGAUUAUGUACGCAAAAAUAUACCGUUAAGUAUUAAACGUAUUCCUGCCAAUGUUUGGUAUGUGUCCGGCAAUGAAGUGCGGCACAAUUCAACCUUGCUGCAACGUUCAAUGGCUUCUUUGGAGUGGUUGCGUGUAGGUGAUCGCAUUGCAUUGGAGCUUACGCCGGCGCGUACGCUGCGCAUAUUGCUUAAUUCGGAAGACAUGAAUAUACAGUUUCAGAAUGUACCAAAUGAUGUCUACGUCGUCGUUGAACUGCAGGGUUCAACAAUGGCUGUGCAAGUAAUUUCCUCACAAGGCCCCACUUCACCGUUACGUCCAUGCAGCUUACGUUUACAAGACUCACUCGAUUUCGGUGUUGACCCGCUAAACAAACAAGACUCCAUGUUGGAGUCAAUCGAUUCGGAAAUGCAAACAUAUGAAUUUUCUGAGCUACAUGGUAAACAUGUGCGCCUCUUGGACGAACAUCGCUCCGCAAUGCGUACGCAGUCCUACAAUCAGGGACUGGUGUUUGUGGGCAAGCCGCUCUGCAAGGGCGAGAGUAUUAGCAUCAAAGUCGAUGGUGUGAAUCCGAAAUGGAAGGGCACUAUCGGUGUUGGUGUUGUUGCCGCAUGUCCGCAACCUACAAAUGUCUCACAGUUACCGAUCUCCAUAUUACAUUGCAAACGACCGUGCUGGGUAGCUACACAUGAUUAUAUCAAUAUAAAUGGCCAGAAGAUAGCAUCAAAGUAUGCUGAAGCGCUGGAGCAAAUACAACCGGGCACUGUGAUCACCAUGACGCUUUCGAAUGUAGGCAUGCUAGUGAUCAUGGUAGGUUCUGUUAACUUAGAGGAUCUGGCAGCAGGAUUGCCGAACCAUGUUUAUCCCGUUUUUGAUCUCUAUGGCAAAUGUGAAAAAAUUUCGCUGAUUACAAGCAACGAUGUGGGUCGCAAUAGUACACCGAUUAUUGAGGAGGCCGCGGCUUUGGAGUAUGACAACCUGCAUGAGCAGGAUGGUGGCGUGCCUCAGUGUGAGAAAGCCGAUUUGGAGGUGCAUGAGAAGGAAACGGAACAGCUGUCUCAACAGCAACAGCAGGCAAUGCAGACGAGUGGUGGAGCAGUGGGCGGUGUAGCCGCGGGCAGCAGCAGUGCGGCCAUGAAUCGCUCGGUGAUGGAAAGUGUUUCGGAAAACUUGAUGCUGAAUAUUUCAAUUAAAAAUCGUACUUUGGAGCAAAAUCGCGCUGUGGAAUCAAGUGCAGCCAACACAUCAUGCUGUUUACGCGAAUCGUUGCAAUUGCAGCACAAUACCAAUCUGAAUAUUCAACGGAGUCAGAGUACGCAACGUUUUCAAAACGCCAUGAACGCCUCCGCCAAUUCAGUCAUAGGUGAUGCUGUUGCCGCCUCGACGUCGGCCACAACAAAUGCCGCCGUGCACAAUAACAUCGCUGCAGCUGCUAAUUCAACCGCUUCAUACGUCCACGACACGAACAAGGACUACGAUGCCUUCGAGGAGGCAGGCGCUGUCGGCGGAGUGUCUUUGCAAACCGAGCUGCGUGGCUGCAGUUCAAAAGAAAAUUUGCUCGAUCAGCGGUCAUCUAAUAACUUGGAUGCUCUAGAGCAGCUAGUCAGCAGUGUUGGUAUACAUGCCGCAAACGCUAAUUCAAGCAAUUCGGCGACGACCGCGGCAGCUACUGGAGGUACACUGCCGAAUAAUAUGACGUCGAAUGAGCGCGCGGUAGAAACUGAUAGCAAUUUAACUGCCAGCGCAUUGGCCUCAGCUGCAACCUUGGAUGCCACCGAAGCAGAUGUUAAUAUACUCGAAAAUACUGUUGGGGAGCGCGCAGAUGAGGAAGACGAUGUCGACGUUGAUGAUGAUGAUGACGAUGACGUCGAUGAUGACGAUCUGGAGAAUAAUGACGACUUGGAGCAUUUGUUAUUGUUGCAACAGCAACAUGACUUGUUACGCUUACGUUAUCAGCAACUAAAUCAACCUCUAUCGCAACAUUUUAGUCUGCUGUCCUCUUCAUCGUCCACACAAUUCGAUUCACUACAGUCGAUACCCUCCAUUGAACGCAAGGAUUGCGAAUAUUUAAAAUUAGUGCAACAGUUUCGCGCAUCGCUCGUAUUACCGCAAUCAUUCUUUCAACCGUUGACCGACCCUGUUUGCUUCUGCUCGCACUGCAAUGCUUUUGGCUCGGAAAAGUUGCACGGUUGGGUAUAUUUCAAGUUGAAUCAGCAAACUGUUAACUCAGCAGCUGUACAACACUCCCUCGAUACUGGCGAAUGGCUGCCACUGUACUAUAUGACGCGCGUUGACAAAAUACGCGCCAUCCUCGACCAUGGUCAGCCGCUACCGCUAGAGUCGAGCUGUGAAUCGCACACUAGCACCAGCAAUCAGAAGGACGAGCCUGGAACGCGACUUGAACUGCACUUCUCACCGAACGCUGCUGGUAUUAUUUCAAUGAAUACCCAACACAAAUACAAUGCAAAUUCACAUUCGUACCGCAUCGGCACCGCUUUCGAAGUGUAUGUGCGCCGACAGUCGCUCUGCCUGACGAACAGCAGUAAAAUGAAUGUUACCGCGGUGGCGACUGCUUCGUCUGGCGCGGCAGCAACAGCGCUUAGCUUACUAGAGCGGCGUUCGUCCGGAGACUUGCUGCACCCGCACGAGUCUAGCAGCGGCAUAACGCUCGGGCAGAGUAGUAGUAGCAGCGGUGGCGCGGGCAUCGGCAGUGGCGGCUCAACGUCAAGCGCGUCACUCAAGGAUAUGACCUGGUUCACAAAGGAGGCGGGCGCUUGUGUGAUAACGGCACUGAUACUUAAACUGGAAAAAAUAACGCCGCCUAAUGCUGAUCGUUCUGUAUCGGCGGCGGGCAGUAGCCUCAGUUUGGCAUUGGGCGGGGAUGGAAAUUAAGAGAUUUAAAUGCAAGGAACUAACAAAAGGCUUACGACACUGUGGAAUCGUACAUGUAAAAGCUAUGCAGCUUUAAGUAGCACUGCUAGUCUCUUUAACUUUGUUUGGUUUUUCAAUGAAUUAAUAACAUUUCCUUUUUGCACUUUUACAUACAAUUUUAUAUAUACCUACAUACAUAUAUGUAUAUAUGUACUAGCGCUUAUAAAUUAUUGAAAUGUAUUGCAAAACUAUUUAGUUUAGUAGUUUAACUGCUAGUCGAUAAGGUAGCGCGCAUUAAACAUCAUUUAAUUAUUUGUACAUUAGUUUAGUUCAUUCGGAAUCACUUUGGAAUGAAUACUAGCAAACAAAAAUUUUUUUUAAUGAAAAUUGCUUAGAAUCACAAAUUCGCACUUUUAUUAAAAGCCGCAAGUGUAUAAUGGUCUAAAAGCUUUCACUCUACAAAAUACUAUGCAUGAAAUUCGUUGGGAUGCAAAGUUAUACAUACAUACAUACAUACAUACAUAUGUAUGUACAUAUGUUUGAAAAUGACAAGAAAAUUGUGUAAGCUUUUUGGAGCUUUCACAAACGUAUGGAACUAUAAUAACUAAUAAUAAUUUGGCCAACCUAAAAUCAAGGUUCGUAUUUGCACACACAUGCUCUGCUCACGCACACUCCAGGAACCUUGCACUCAUCGCUGAUACACACGUGUGUGCAUUAGUGGAAAACAAACUCUGCUUACAGCAAAGUGUGUGCUAUUUGUUAUUAAGCGCAUGUACAUGUGCGUGAGCCGAUUUUAGUAAACAUUUUUUAUAGAACGUUA